UCUUCUCUUGUCCCUCCAUCAUCUUUAAGGAAUCUCAUUUUUAGUGUUGGUCAUCCAAGAAACAAUAUGGCAAGUUCGGAUCGAAAACUAAGCAAAUUUGAUGAAAUCAUCAAGAAAAGCAAAUCAUUUGGAAAUGGAAAUCCUACCCGAUACCAGGUGCAAAAAAUGAUGGACAAUACAGAUAAAUCUCUGUCAUAUCAAAAGAUUUUCUUGGGUGAGAGAAAGCCACAGAAACCCCAUAAAACCAUUCUGCUGGUGGGAGAAACAGGAACAGGAAAAACAACCCUGAUCAAUACCAUGAUCAACUACAUGUUUGGUGUGAAGAGAGAAGACAAGGUCUGGUUUGAGAUCACAGAUGAUCAGAGCGACCGAUCUUCAGCUGAAAGUCAGACCUCCAGCGUCACUGUUUAUGGGUUUUAUCUACAGGAGAGUCAAAUCCAAUUAACCCUCAUUGACACACCAGGAUAUGGAGACACUCGUGGAGUUGAUCUUGAUAAAGAGAUCGCCAAGAGUUUGCUUAAUUUAAGUAAAUCUGAAGAAGGGAUCCAUGAAAUACAUGCAGUGUGUCUGGUGAUUAAAGCAACACAGAAUCGUCUCUCUGACAGACAAAAAUACAUAUUUGAUGCUGUUCAGUCUUUAUUUGGGAAAGAUAUUGCUGAAAACAUUGUCUUGCUCUUCACACACUCAGAUGGGAUGCCUCCUAAAAAUGCUCUGACGGCUGUUAAAGCGGCUGAAAUCCAGUGUGCAGUGAAUAAGAAGAAUCAGCCAGUGUUUUUCCUGUUUAACAACUGUCAGUCAGAACCUGCUGAUGAAGAAUAUGAUGAAGAAAGUGAUGAAGAAUGUGAGGAAGAAAAUAAGAAGAGACUUGAUCAAUCAUGGAAUCUCAGUUUUAAAGGAAUGACAAAAUUGUUCAAGUUUCUUGACACAAUAAAUCCAAAAUCCCUGGAGAUGACUCGAGAUGUUAUAGAGAAACGGGAACGAUUGGAGGCAAAUAUCUGCAAUCUAGAAUCACGUGUUGAGGAGAUGGAACUAAAGCAAAAGGAGCUGAAACAAACACAAGAAGCCCUGGAGAAGAACAAGCAAGAUGUCAUGGCAAAGAAGAACUUUGAGUAUGAAGUUGAAGUUCCUUACAAAGAUAUAGUUAAUAUUGAUACUUCUUUAGCCAGUAAGGCAUUGUGCUGCACCGUCUGUGAAGAGAACUGUCAUUAUCCUGGAUGCUGGUGGGUCACUAGUAUCUCGUGGUGUGAAGUGAUGAAAAAUAAUUACUGUACAGUGUGCACUAAUAAGUGCCACUACAGCAAACAUGUUAAACAUCCAAAAAUAUAUCGAAUAAAGACAAAGAAGGAGAAGAGAACUUAUGAAGAUUUAAAGAAGAAAUAUGAUGAUGGUAUGAUGAGAAUUGGUGACAGUGUUUCUUUGGUCAAGAAGCUGAAUGAAGAUCUGCAAGAAUUAGAGAAAGAGAAAAUAAACUUGGUGACUGAAGCUUUUGACUGUGUGGAAAGUCUGGAGAAGAUCGCACUCAAGAGUGAUUGUGCAUUCACACUUCUGCACAUUGAUUUUCUAAUUAAGAAGCUGAAAGAAAUAAAUGAGACUGAAAAAGCCGAAACACUGGAAAUCAUCAAAAAGAGAGCAGGAGAAGAAAAGCAUGGAUCACUGGAUUACUUAAAAAGAUAUUUUAAAAAAUAAGUUCAAUUCCUCUGCCCCUCAAAUUAUCCAAAAAAAUCUGAAGGAUCCUGAAAAUGUUUUUUUUCUUUUCUUUUUAAAGCAUGUUCUUUGUGUAUCAGUGAUUGCAGUGCUUCAUGAAUGUAACUUUUUUUUCUGUAUUCACGCUUGCAUUUCCCAGUUCUUUGGAUAAACAGCAUCUGCUCAAUUUAUUGAUUCCUGGAAUAAAGCAGAAAUUGACAUCAGCAUAAUGUAAAUUGCUUCUACUGUGAGAUUCUGUUUAAAAUACUGUACAACAACAAUAACGUGAAAGCAACAAAUACCCAGAUUUUUUUUUAAUCAUAAAAUAAUGUGUAUGUAAUGUUUAAGGUCACUAGGAGGCUUUUUAGAGACUGCUUUGACUGUAUUAAGUGCUGAUAUCUAGUGCAUUUGCGAAAAUGUUGUAUACCAUCAUACAGAUGAAAAACAUGAUGAGAGAUAUUUGAGCUACUGUAUUUCAGUCAUGAAACCGCUGAUUUACUGUAAAUCUGGACUCUGCUGUUCAUUAGCUGUGUGAUUUUUGGGCCUCAUGGGUGUAUUGCUUGUGUCUUUGUUUUUCAAAAUUAUGCUAAAAUAUUGUGAACUAGAAUGUGCAGAUAUGAAAUGCUUUCACUAACAUA